UCUACCGGCAUUUCGCGAGCGGUGAUAGGCGCCCGGACACAAAGGACGAGCCACAGUCGUGUUCGCCUUCUGUCUUCGCACCUCAACGUGCAUCUCCCUGCAUCUCCUAUAAAACACCCAACAAUGACGAGUCCCCAGUGCGAAACUACACACCCACCCAACGCCACUCAGAACACGGCCACCCCGUAUUCUGGCGCGGGAUUGGGCGAGAACGUCGAAGUCGCGCAUACGUCUAACCACCCUCGCGAUCUGCCCGCACGUUCCCCUGACCCACCUUCUCGCGAAGGCCCGCCUGCAUAUCCGCCAGGCCUACCUGCUCGCCGCCCGGGCCUACCUGCUCGUUCGCCGACCCGACCUGCAUAUCCUCCCGGCCUGCCGGCUCGACCCCAGGGCAUACCGACUCGGCCCCAGGCCUGCCGGCUCCUGCUCGGACACCGCAUUGUCGAUCAGCCCCUAGGACCUCGGAUGCGAGCUCCUGGAAACGUUCCUCCUCUGCAUGUCGGUAGGCAGUACCAGUUUUUUGGAAUGAAUGCCGCUCGGCACCUGCCUUCCCAGCCGGCCUUCCAGUCCGGAACGAUUUUGAAUCCGGUGUGGAUCGACACAGCCCGCGUUGGAUUGGGCGAUGCAGCCAGCCCCGACACCCGCCCUCUCGAGCCGUUCAGGCUAAAUCCCACCGAAGACCCAGCGUGGGCGGGAGGCCUGGAAAGGGGACCUCCAAUGGCUCUCCGUAGCGACCGGCCAGUGUCACUGCACUGCGAUGAUGGCGCAUUCAAUAGUAACGUUUGGGACGCCGCCAUCGGCGCCUACAGACAUCUCCGACUCGAGCCUGUGACGCGGACCGACGACUACCUGACGAGGCAUUGGGUACGGGAGGAAGGCUUUAGGAUACGAGAGGAGCAGUGGUUGGCGGCCCAGAACGCCAGGCAGUGGCCCGGUGCUACGCCGGGGUUGCUGCUCUUGCCUGCGGAGCACGACGAUUCCGGAAGUGACUCCGGUUACUCGUCUUCCGGCGACCUGUCUGCCCUCGACGACAUCAUGCCAGGGCUGGCUGGAUUGGGCGGGCUGGUUGAUUUGGACGAUGAUGCUUCGAAGGCGUCGUCCAACAACGGCCAUGUGGCAUGCGAGGAGAUCGAGGAGUAGAAGGGGAGGAUCGAUUCCGAUGCGACGUCGCGAAGAUCUGUAUAGUAUCUGAAGUGGUGUAUCUAUCAGCAACGCUGUUCUCUGUCCCUCGAUGUUCUAAGAGUACGAUUUGUCGGGUGCGGUGGCAUCCUUGCCUUCAUCUUCUCUACCUUCGUCAACGUCGAUAGUAUCCUGCAUUCACUGCCUUGCAGUCUUUACAGUACGCUACGCGCAAGAUGGUCUUACUGAUCGUGUUCCUUGGCACAGAUCACAAUGUCGCACCACAUUCGGACG